AUGCAUCCACUCGCUCUUGUGGUGUGUCUUUCCACCUACGUUUCUGUAGCUCUUGCAGCUGCUCGCUCUGGUAUCUUUACCGGCAUUGACUCUAUCACCGGCCCCUCUGACCGGCGUCCUACCACUCCUAGUUGGCAGGCUACUGUGUCAUGGCAGAUUACAAGAGGAAUGAACUUGAAGGCUGGUGACACUUUCACUUUGCACAUGCCUAAUGUGUUUAAGUUCACCAGUACUGGAAACACUUUAGCUUUGACCGGUUCCGGAACAACUUUUGCAAACUGUGUUUUGUUUUCUGGUGACAACGUUGUGGGCUUUUCGGAAGUCCAAUGUACUGCUACUAAGGCUGUCGAGAAUGUUCAGUCUUCUGACGGUAAGAUUUCUUUCCCCUUCACUUUCAAUGCUGGUUUGUCUUCUGACCCUGUCAACUUGGAGGCUGCUAAAGCAUGGCAAGAAGGCACUAACACUGUCACUUGGACCGAUGGUGACAAGCAAUUGAAGACUACUGUGAACUUUGCUGGUGGUAUUAACACUGUCAUUGGUUCUGCUGACAAUGGUGUCUACAGUUUGAAGAAGCUGAUUAACACCAACACUAACCAGCACUACUUCAUGGGUCCUCUGUGUGCUUCCAACAACAUGUACGGUACUUUGAGUAUCACCAACCCAUCUUCUGGUGUUCCAUUGGACUGUUCUACUCUUGCUGGCUCUAUCACUAACCAGGUCAAUGCUUGGUACUUCCCAGAGACUGCCCAAAAGGCUGGUGUUUCUAUCGAUAGCUGUUCUGCUACUGGUGCUACUGUUUCUUUCUCCAACGUUCCUGCUGGCUUCAGACCAUACGUUGACGUUGUUGCUGCUAUCCCUGCUACUUCUACCUUCAGAUCGGCGAACACCUACUCUUUCGACUUGGUUUGUGGUGGUAGACGUCUUACUGGCUCCCGUUCGAACAAUUGGGUGAUGUAUAACGAUGGAGACACUGGUUCUGCCGGUACUUUCAAGCCAAUUGUUGUUACCACCGUGACAGACGACCAGAUCACUACCACUGCAGUUGGUACGGUCACUGGCGCUUCCACCAACACUAUCGUUGUCACUGUGCCUAUUUCCCAGUCUACUGUCACUGUCACCGGCACUAACUCGGUUCCUACUACCCACACUUCUACUUCCAGUGGUACCAGAAUUAUUUCUAUUGAUGUUCCAACGCCAACUACUACCAUCACUUCUACUUGGACUGGUACCACCACUGGCGCCACCACUAUUCCUGCUACUAGCGGUGGAACCGGUACUGUGAUUAUUGAAGUUCCAACUCCAACUACCACUAUCACCAGAACCUGGACCGGUACUACCACUCAGACUGAAACCAUUCCUGCCACUUCUGGAGGAACUGGUACCGUUGUUAUCGAUGUUCCUACUCCAGUGACCACUGUGACUAGAACAUGGACUGGAAGCGUACCUACUACUCUGACUGGCCCUGUUACCUCUGGCGGUACCCAGACUGUGGUUGUUGAUAUUCCUACUCCUACUACUACAGUCUACUCGACCUGGACUGGAACUGAAACCACUACUCGUACUGUCACUGCUCCACCAGGCGGUACUAACACUGUUGUUGUUGAAGUGCCAACCCCAGUUACUGUUAUCACUUCUACUUGGACUGGAACCGAGACUUCUGUGAUCACUGAACCUUUCGAGUCUGGAACCCAGACCAUCGUUGUCAAUGUGCCUACUCCUACUACUACCAUCACCAGAACCUGGACUGGCAGUGAAUCUACUACUGAGACCAUCCCAGCUACCUCUGGCGGUACCGGUACUGUCAUCAUCGAUGUUCCUACUCCUUACACUACUAUCACCAGAACCUGGACUGGAACUACCACCCAAACGGAAACCGAACCAGCUCCUUCUGGAGGUACCGGUACUGUGGUCAUUGACGUUCCAACUCCAGUCACCACUGUCACUAGAACAUGGACUGGCUCUGAGACCACCACAGAAACCAUCCCAGCCGAGUCUGGUGGAACCGAGACCGUCAUUAUUGAUGUUCCUACUCCUACCACCACCAUUACUUCCACUUACACUGGCGAUAUCACUGUGACCAACACCAUUCCUGCUACUUCUGGCGGAACCGGUACCGUUGUGAUUGAGGUUCCUACUCCUACUACUACCAUUUACACUACCUGGACUGGUACCGAGACUGUCACUUCUACUAUCCCAGCUACUACUGGUGGUACUGGCACUGUGAUCAUUGAAGUUCCUACUCCUGUUGUUACAAUCACCAGAACGUGGACUGGUACUACUUCUCAGACUGAAACCAUUCCAGCUGAGACCGGUGGAACUGGUACUGUCAUUAUUGAUGUUCCUACUCCAGUGACUACUAUUACUAGAACAUGGACUGGUACUGAGACCACCACUGAAACGAUUCCAGCUGAAUCUGGCGGUACUGAGACUGUGAUCAUCGACAUUCCUACUCCUUAUACCACCAUUACCAGAACCUGGACUGGUACUACUACUCAGACCGAGACUGAGCCUGCUCCUUCUGGAGGCACUGGAACUGUGGUUAUCGAUGUCCCAACGCCUGUCACUACUAUUACCAGAACCUGGACGGGUACGGAAACCACUACUGAGACUAUCCCAGCCGAGUCUGGUGGCACUGAGACGGUUAUCAUUGACAUCCCUACGCCUUACACUACCAUCACCAGAACAUGGACUGGUUCUGAGUCUACUACCGAGACUAUCCCAGCACCUUCGGGCGGUACUGGCACCGUGGUGAUUGACGUUCCUACUCCUGUUACUACCAUCACUAGAACAUGGACUGGCAGUGAAACCACUACUGAGACUAUCCCUGCUGAGUCUGGUGGAACCGAGACUGUCGUCAUUGAUAUUCCUACGCCAACCACCACUGUCUUCACUACUUGGACUGGUACUGAGACUUCUACUCGUACUGUGACUGCUCCUCCAGGUGGAACCAACACUGUCAUUGUCGAGGUUCCUACUCCUGUCACUGUGAUCACUUCUACUUGGACUGGCACUGAGACCUCUAUCGUUACUGAGCCAUUUGAGUCUGGUACUCAGACUAUCGUCAUCAACGUGCCUACUCCUACCACCACUGUGACUUCUACUUGGACUGGUACUACUACUCAGACCCAAACUGACCCAGCUGGUUCUGACGGUACUGUGACUGUUGUGAUUGAUGUUCCUACUCCUUACACUACGCUUACCAGAACUUGGACUGGAACUGAGACAACCACCGAAACCGUUCCAGCUCCUUCUGGCGGCACCGGUACCGUUAUCAUCGAUGUUCCUACUCCAGUGACAACUGUCACCAGAACUUGGACUGGAACCACUACUUCUACUGAGACCAUUCCAGCCGAGUCUGGUGGAACAGAGACCGUGAUUAUUGACAUCCCUACUCCUUAUACUACCAUCACUAGAACCUGGACUGGCUCUGAGUCUACUACUGAGACUGUUCCUGCUCCUUCUGGUGGUACUGGUACUGUUAUUAUCGAUGUUCCAUUCACUGCUACUACUAUCACUUCUACUUGGACUGGUACUACCACCAGAACCGUCAGCCAGCCACCUUCUGGUUCUGACACUGUGGGUACGGUUAUUAUCGAGGUUCCAGAGACUUCUACUGAGUAUACCACUUUGACUUCUACUUGGACCGGUACUACUACUAGAACUGUUACUGAACCUCCAGCUGGAUCCGAUAUCACUGGCACUGUCGUUAUUGAGGUUCCUGAAACGUCUUCUGAGUUUACUACUUUGACUUCCACCUGGACUGGUACUACUACGAGAACUGUGACCAACCCACCUUCUGGUUCUGAUGUUACUGGAACUGUGGUUAUUGAAGUGCCUGAAACCUCCACCGACUACACCACCUUGACUUCUACCUGGACUGGCGUUACUACCAGAACCGUGACCAACCCUCCAGCUGGAUCUGAUAUCACCGGUACAGUUGUCAUUGAAGUUCCAGAGACUUCUAGUGAAUUCACUACUUUGACCUCCACUUGGACUGGUGUUACUACUAGAACUGUCACUAACCCUCCAUCGGGCUCUGACGUUACUGGUACCGUCGUCAUUGAAGUCCCAGAAACCUCUACUGACUACACUACCAUUACGUCUACUUGGACAGGCACCACCACCAGAACUGUCACUAACCCACCUGCUGGUUCUGACACUGUGGGCACUGUUGUGAUUGAGGUUCCUUCUUCUUACGUUCCUGUCAUUCCUCCAACCCAGUCUUGGAACUGGAACUCGUCUUAUGUUCCUCCUCCAGUGUCCCUGGAUGAUUCAGGUUCUACUACUGUUGAUGCUUCUACUACUGAGAGUUCUGGUGUUCCAAUCAACACUGACGACAGCCUGGUUCCAGGCUCUAGCUUUGCUUCAGAGACUUCUGACUCGAACACUGUUCCUCCACCAGGUCCAUCUGAGCCAGUUCAGUCCGACCCUGCUGCUUCUACUGACGUUCCUCCAGGCCCAGGUCCAGAACCUUCUGGUCCAGCUGAAUCUACUGACGUUCCACCUGGUCCAGGUCCAGAACCUUCUGGUCCUCAACCUUCUGGUUCUCAACCUUCUGGCCCAGCUGAAUCCACUGAUGUUCCACCUGGUCCUGGUCCACAACCUUCCGGUCCUGCUGAGUCUACUGAUGUUCCUCCAGGCCCAGGUCCACAGCCUUCUGGUCCACAGCCUUCUGGUCCUGAACCUUCUGGUCCGGCUGUAACUGGCUCUGUUCCUGGCCCUGAUGCUUCUGAACCUGCUCAGUCCCAGCCUGUUGAUACUAACACUGUUCCUUCUGGCCCUGAACCUUCUGGUACAGCUCCAGGUCCAGCUCCAGGUCCAGCUCCAGGCCCAGAGCCAUCUGGCCCAACUGACGGUUCUACUGCUACUUCGCUUCCUCCAGCGCCUGUUCCUGAACCUGUUCCUACUGGAUCUCCAAGCGUUACUGGUCCUACUGAUUCGGUGCCUUCUGGAACCCAGCCUGGCCCUGCUCCUUCUGGUCCUGCUCCUGGUCCAAAUGGUCCAAAUGGUCCUAACGGUCCAAACGAUCCUAAUGCUCCAAAUGGUCCUAAUGAUCCAAAUGGUCCUAAUGGUCCAAACGGUCCUAAUGAUCCAAACGCUCCAAAUGGUCCAAAUGGCCCUAACGAUCCUAAUGGCCCUAACGGCCCAGUUCCUGGUCCUAAUGGCCCUAACGGUCCUAACGACGGCCAAGACGGUACUACUUCUUACCCUACUACUGUGGCUGGUCCAAGUACUGCUAUUGCUGAGUCCAGCUCGGUGGUUUCUGAAGGCCCAUCCGCCCUGGUUGUCUGCUACAAGGGUAACUGUGUUACUGUUACUGCCAGUGACCUGAACACUGUUCCUCCAGGAUCUGCUUCCACCUCCAACGUCAAUGUCCAAACCCAACCAGGUCCAUCCACCGGUAUUCCAUCUGUGUCCGUGUCUUCAUACACUGGCCAGGCUUCCGGACUUAAAAUGUCUGGUUUUGUUGCAGUGCUUGUCCCAUUGUUCCACAUGAUGUUCUAG